CCUCUCACAGGACGGUGCCAGCCGGUCCUUUCUGUGUUUAUUCCGACCUCUCCCAAAUAUUCAGAAACUAACGUCUUGACUCAUUGGUGGUAUUCACAUACUUCUACCAUCACAAGCCUUUUCCCUUUAAUGGAUUGAUCUCUUGCAAGAAACAGACAAAACGUCAGUGUGAAUGACGGCUCAUCCCCAUUCCACACGGUUAUGGGUGAAACUCUGGGAGAUCCUCCUGUUGACCCAGAGGGCGAUUCCUUCACCGGUUCACUGUCCGCAAGCACCUCACAAGAAAUCACCAUGGUUGACACAGAGAUGCCGUUCUGGCCCACCAACUUUGGGAUCAGCUCCAUGGACCUCUCCAUGAUGGACGACCACUCCCGCUCCUUCGACAUCAAACCCUUCACCACCGUCGACUUCUCCAGCAUUUCCACCCCCCACUACGAAGACAUCCCGUUCACGAGAGCUGAUCCAAUGAUGCCUGAUUAUAAAUAUGACCUGAAGCUCCAAGACUACCAAAGUGCGAUCAAAGUGGAACCUGCGUCCCCGCCUUAUUAUUCUGAAAAGACUCAGAUCUACAAUCGGCCCCAUGAGGAGCCCUCCAACUCGCUCAUGGCCAUCGAGUGCCGCGUGUGUGGAGAUAAGGCUUCUGGGUUCCACUACGGCGUUCAUGCCUGCGAAGGGUGCAAGGGUUUCUUCCGGAGGACCAUCCGAUUGAAGCUUAUUUAUGAUAGGUGUGAUCUCAACUGUCGGAUCCACAAAAAAAGUAGAAAUAAAUGUCAGUACUGUCGAUUUCAGAAAUGCCUGGCUGUGGGGAUGUCUCAUAACGCCAUCAGGUUUGGGCGGAUGCCACAGGCCGAGAAGGAGAAGCUGUUGGCCGAGAUCUCCAGUGAUAUCGACCAGCUGAACCCCGAGUCUGCUGAUCUCCGGGCCCUGGCAAAGCAUUUGUAUGACUCAUACAUAAAGUCCUUCCCGCUGACCAAAGCCAAGGCGAGGGCGAUCUUAACAGGAAAGACAACAGACAAAUCACCGUUUGUCAUCUAUGACAUGAAUUCCUUAAUGAUGGGAGAAGACAAAAUCAAGUUCAAGCACAUCACCCCUCUGCAGGAGCAGAGCAAGGAGGUGGCCAUCCGCAUCUUUCAGGGAUGCCAGUUCCGCUCGGUGGAAGCCGUGCAGGAGAUCACGGAGUACGCCAAAAGCAUUCCCGGCUUUGUGAACCUUGACUUGAACGACCAAGUAACUCUCCUCAAAUACGGCGUCCAUGAGAUCAUCUACACCAUGCUGGCCUCUCUGAUGAAUAAAGACGGCGUCCUCAUAUCCGAGGGCCAAGGAUUCAUGACAAGGGAGUUCCUCAAGAGCCUGCGGAAGCCCUUUGGUGACUUUAUGGAGCCCAAGUUCGAGUUUGCUGUGAAGUUCAAUGCACUGGAAUUAGAUGACAGCGACUUGGCCAUAUUUAUAGCCGUCAUUAUUCUCAGUGGAGACCGCCCAGGCUUGCUGAACGUGAAGCCCAUCGAGGAGAUCCAGGACAACCUGCUGCAAGCCCUGGAACUCCAGCUCAAGCUGAACCACCCCGAGGCCUCGCAGCUGUUUGCCAAGCUGCUCCAGAAAAUGACAGACCUCAGACAGAUCGUCACCGAGCACGUGCAGCUAUUGCAAGUGAUCAAGAAGACGGAAACGGACAUGAGUCUGCACCCGCUCCUGCAGGAGAUCUACAAGGACCUGUAUUAGCCCAGAAGUCCCGCUCCGGCGACAGCUUGUCUCUUCUUCCAAUUGCACUAUUAUUUUGAGGGGAAAAUCUGACACCUAAGAAAUUUACUGUGAAAAAAAAAAAAACAUUUUAAAAAAAGGUUUUAGAAUAUGAUCUAUUUUAUGCAUAUUGUUUAUAAAGAUACAUUUACAAUUUACUUUUAAUAUUAAAAAUUAUCAUGUUAUUGAAACUUCUGA